CCCUUUUCUCAUUUUCUCUUCUUUGGCGAUACACGAUAUACAAGUAGAUAAUUCACACGCUAAGUGAUACAUCAGAAACUGAACCGGAGAUACACUUCGGCCCCCCUCGUUGUACUUUGCGCCACGACUUAGGUGGUCAUAGCACAGCUUCCCCCAUUUUCUUUCCCAGACUAUUCGUACUCGUACUACAAGUACAUCACUUGCCUGCGUCAUCGUAUACUUUAUAAUACCUCCUCUCUACCCAUCCUCACCUCUCCACACACGAAAAUGUUGCCGCUGAUCCAACUUGCCGUUCUUUUAAUACCCACUUUGGCCCAUCCGGUCGAUGAAAGAUGGUUUCAACCUAUAGAUUCGACGGUCAAUUCGUUGUUUGUCAAAAGAGCACCUGAUCCUAAUUCCGGAGACUUUGCAUCCAAUUACCCUGCACUCGGUACACCUCCACCUUCAUCUUUACCCUCCGCCUGGACUCAAAAACUAGCUUCAAUAACUCUUCCAAAUGUCGGAGUUUCCAACCCCAACAACGGUUAUCCCACUUAUACAAAUAACGAACCAGGACAAGAUUCUACCAUUUGUUCUUUCACUUAUGAAUGUACGACCUCUGAUGAUUUAUACAACCCACCGGCCAAUACCUUCGCAUUGAGUUUUGAUGAUGGUCCAACGAGUUCGAGUCCACAAUUGAAUACUUUUUUGGCGCAGAAUAAUAUAUCGAACAAAGCUACUCAUUUCAUGAUCGGUGGGAAUAUAUUGGGAGCACCUACGCAGAUGCAAGAUGCUUUUACUGCUGGUGGUCAUAUUGCUGUACAUACUUGGUCACAUCCUUAUAUGACGACACUUUCCAACGAAGGAGUUUUGGGAGAAUUGGGAUGGACGAUGCAGAUCAUUUCGGACCUUACAGGAGGGCGUGUACCAAAGUAUUGGCGUCCACCUUUCGGAGACGUAGAUAAUCGUGUACGAACCAUAGCCAAACAAGUAUUCGGACUCGAAACAGUCGUUUGGAAUCAAGAUACCGGUGAUUGGGCAAUAGGAAAUGAUCCUUCUUACACUAUACCUUCAGUCGAAAGUACAAUGUCAGGAUGGUUAACUUCUUCAAACAAAUCGACCGGUUUAUUAGUAUUAGAACAUGAAUUAAACGAUAAUACGGUAGGUGUAUUCAUGGCUGAAUAUCCAGUAAUGCAACAAAACGGUUGGAAAGUUAUGACAGUGGCCGACGCUUUCGGUAUGUCAUGGUAUCAAAAUUCAGAAGGAGAUACGGGUACUGUAAUCAGUCAAGCUAUCGCUGGAAAUUCAACUUUAUCAAUAACUUCUUCUAUUUCAACUUCAACUUCAUCUUCAAUAACUUCUACAUCUUCUUCUUCAUCUCUUUCUUCGACUGGAAGUCCGAGUCUUACUUCAACUUCCACGAGUAGUAUAUCUUCGACUGGGAAAUUGGGUGUGUCUGGGAUUAUAAUGAUGUUAUCUAUCUUGGUCGGAAUUCGGGUUGGAGCAUAA